AUGUUAUCUAAAAGAAAAGUCUCAUAAUAAAAUCAAGAAGAAUCGUCUAACUCAAUUGAAAAUUUAUGCAAUAAGAUACGUAAAGUGAUUGUUAGUGAGGUAGGAGAAAAAUAUAUCUAAAACAAUACAGAUAAAGGGAGAAAGAAAAGGAGAACCAAAUAGAAAUGUAAAAUCUAAGAUAAUCAAUAACAUGUUGAGAAAAUGGAAAAUGAAGCAGUUGAAGUUGAAGAAUAAUUAUCUUCCAUUUAAGCAAUAUCUGAAUCUCAAUCUUGGGUAUUUGAAGAACUAUUUGAUGAAAUAAAUAAGCUUAAUGUACUUUAAGAUAUUGAAUGA